AUGCCUAAGAACCCCAACUCCAACCCCAACACUGGUAACCAAGGCUUUGCUUCCAUGGAUCCCGAUAAGCAACGUGAGAUUGCUUCUAUGGGUGGUAGAGCUAGCCACAGUGGUAGUGGUGGCUCAAACACGAACUCCAGCCAACAAAGUGGUGGUAGAAGUACUACCCAGAGCGGACAAAACUCUGGACAAUUCGAAAAGGGUAGCCAACGUGCUAAACAAGCAGGCCAAAAGGGUGGUAGACGCUCAGGUCGUACUCAAUCUAACCAACAAGAACAAGAGGUUGAUGAAGGCCUCGAUGAAGACCUUGAUGACGCUGAUUACCAAGAAUAA